AUGACCAUGGCCAAGAGAGGAAAGGAGCAAUGUGAACCCCUGAAACUGGCAGGGCAGGUCAAAGCAUCCCCUUGGGAGUUCCAGGGAACUCGGUACCUCUCUUGCUUCUCUCUCUCUCUCUCUCUCUCUCUCUCUCUCUCUCUCUCUCNUGUGGCCAUCACCAACCCACUUAGGUAUCCCACCAUACUGACCAGCUCUCGGGUAGUGAAGAUCACAGUGGUGCUAGGCUUCCGCAGCACCCUGCUUAUCAUUCCUCCGGUCCUACGGCUGCUCGGCUUCUCCUACUGCCACUACAACCUCCUCACCCACUCUUACUGCUUGCACCAGGACCUGAUCCGCCUCUCCUGCUCGAAUACACGAUUCAAUAGCUUCUAUGCCUUGACCGUUAUCUUACUCUCCAUGGGGUCAGACUUCCUCUUCAUCCUGCUCUCCUAUGUUAUGAUCUUUCACUCUGUUUUGGCCAUUGCUUCCCGGAGGGAGCAGCUCAAGGUCCUCAACACAUGUGUGUCCCACAUCUUGGCUGUUCUGUGCUUCUAUAUCCCAGUGUUGGGCCUGUCCAUUGUGCACCGGUUUGCUAGGCACUCCUCACCCAUAAUCCCCGUUGUUAUGGGCAAUGUGUAUGUCCUCUUCCCACCUCUCAUGAAUCCUCUCAUUUAUAGCAUCAAAACUCAACAGAUCCGUAGGGCAAUAAUCCGCGUUAUUUCUCUGAAAGGGUGCAGACAAUCAUAA